GUGUGAAUGAAGCUCUGCCGGCUACGUGGGGCGCUAGUUCAACUUGGUGUCCUGGACGCCAGAGCAGACCGAGCGCGUUGCCCACCGGCGGCGGACACGGGCACAGCGGCUCCUGACCUUAGCGACAGAACAAAUCAGUUGCCGGGAGUUCCAAGUGAAGUUGUGCGUGUGCCCGUGUGAUAACGUCAGUGGAAGCUGCCCCGAGUUUGGAGCUUUAGCAUCUUGCAGAAAGGACCACACAACUGCCUUGCUAUCAACUCUCCCUACAAAACUGAGGGGCUCUGGGAAACUGAGCCUGUGUGACCCCAGCCUGGGAGAAGAUAGGAUCAAGAUGGCCAUGUGGCAGGGAGCCAUGGAUAACAGAGGCUUUCGGCAGGGGAGUUUUAGUAGCUUCCGGAGCAGCUCCAGUGAUGAGGACUUGAUGGACAUUCCAGGGACAGCUAUGGAUUUCUCCAUGAGAGAUGACGUUCCUCCCUUAGACCGAGAAGUAGAAGAGGACAAGUCAUACAAUGGUGGAGGAAUAGGUUCUUCAUAUAGAAUCAUGGACUUCUUGGAGGAGCCAAUUCCUGGUGUAGGGACCUAUGAUGAUUUCAAUACAAUUGACUGGGUGAGAGAGAAGUCUCGAGACCGGGAUAGGCACCGAGAGAUUACCAAUAAAAGCAAAGAGUCAACAUGGGCCUUAAUUCACAGUGUGAGUGAUGCUUUUUCUGGCUGGUUGUUGAUGCUCCUUAUUGGGCUUUUAUCAGGUUCUUUAGCUGGUUUGAUAGACAUCUCUGCUCGUUGGAUGACAGACUUAAAAGAAGGUAUAUGCACAGGGGGAUUCUGGUUUAACCAUGAACAUUGUUGCUGGAACUCUGAACAUGUUACCUUUGAAGACAGAGACAAAUGCCCAGAGUGGAAUAGCUGGUCCCAGCUUAUCAUCAGCACGGAUGAGGGAGCCUUUGCCUACAUAGUCAAUUAUUUCAUGUACGUCCUCUGGGCUCUUCUAUUUGCCUUCCUUGCCGUAUCUCUUGUCAAGGUGUUCGCUCCUUAUGCCUGUGGCUCCGGAAUCCCUGAGAUAAAAACUAUCUUGAGUGGUUUCAUUAUUAGGGGCUAUUUGGGUAAGUGGACCCUGGUUAUCAAAACCAUCACCUUGGUGCUGGCAGUGUCAUCUGGCUUGAGCCUGGGCAAAGAGGGCCCCCUAGUGCACGUGGCUUGCUGCUGUGGGAACAUCCUAUGCCACUGCUUCAACAAAUACAGGAAGAAUGAAGCCAAGCGCAGAGAGGUCUUGUCAGCUGCAGCAGCAGCUGGAGUAUCUGUAGCCUUUGGGGCACCUAUUGGCGGAGUAUUAUUCAGCCUUGAAGAGGUCAGCUACUAUUUUCCCCUCAAAACGUUGUGGCGUUCCUUCUUCGCUGCCUUGGUGGCAGCAUUUACUCUGCGCUCCAUCAAUCCUUUUGGGAACAGCCGCCUGGUUCUGUUUUAUGUGGAGUUUCACACCCCAUGGCAUCUCUUUGAGCUUGUGCCAUUCAUCUUACUGGGCAUAUUUGGUGGUUUGUGGGGAGCUCUGUUUAUACGCACAAACAUUGCUUGGUGUCGGAAGCGAAAGACCACUCAGUUGGGCAAGUAUCCUGUCGUAGAGGUACUUGUCGUGACAGCCAUCACCGCCAUCCUGGCUUUUCCCAAUGAAUACACCCGUAUGAGUACAAGUGAGCUCAUUUCUGAGCUGUUUAAUGACUGUGGCCUUCUGGACUCCUCCAAGCUCUGUGAUUAUGAGAACCGCUUCAACACAAGCAAGGGGGGUGAACUGCCCGACAGACCGGCUGGCAUGGGAAUCUACAGUGCAAUGUGGCAGCUGGCUUUGACACUCAUACUGAAAAUUGUCAUUACUAUAUUCACCUUUGGCAUGAAGAUCCCUUCUGGCCUCUUUAUCCCUAGCAUGGCUGUUGGUGCUAUAGCAGGUCGACUUCUAGGAGUAGGAAUGGAACAACUGGCUUAUUACCACCAUGACUGGGCCAUCUUCAAUAGCUGGUGUAGUCAGGGAGCUGAUUGCAUCACCCCUGGCCUUUAUGCAAUGGUUGGGGCUGCAGCCUGCUUAGGUGGGGUGACUCGGAUGACUGUUUCUCUUGUUGUCAUAAUGUUUGAACUGACUGGUGGCUUGGAAUACAUCGUGCCUCUGAUGGCUGCAGCCAUGACAAGCAAGUGGGUGGCAGAUGCUCUUGGGCGGGAGGGCAUCUAUGAUGCCCACAUCCGUCUCAAUGGAUACCCCUUUCUUGAAGCCAAAGAAGAGUUUGCUCAUAAGACCCUGGCAAUGGAUGUGAUGAAACCCCGGAGAAAUGAUCCUUUGUUGACUGUCCUUACUCAGGACAGUAUGACAGUGGAAGAUGUAGAGACCAUAAUCAGUGAAACCACAUACAGUGGCUUUCCAGUGGUGGUGUCCCGGGAGUCCCAAAGACUUGUAGGCUUUGUCCUCCGAAGAGAUCUCAUUAUUUCAAUUGAAAAUGCUCGAAAGAAACAGGAUGGGGUUGUGAGCACUUCCAUCAUUUAUUUCACUGAGCAUUCUCCUCCAAUGCCACCAUAUACUCCACCCACUCUGAAGCUUCGGAACAUCCUGGAUCUCAGCCCCUUCACUGUGACUGACCUUACACCCAUGGAGAUCGUAGUGGAUAUCUUCCGCAAGCUGGGACUGCGGCAGUGCCUGGUUACCCACAACGGGCGAUUGCUUGGAAUCAUUACCAAAAAGGAUGUGUUAAAGCAUAUAGCACAGAUGGCAAACCAAGAUCCUGAUUCCAUUCUCUUCAACUAGAAUGAUAGGGUUGUUCUGGAUAUGAAAUAGGAAGGACAUUGCAGACCAUGGAUAUAUUUUAUUAACUGGGUACCCAAAACACAUUUCCCAUAUUUGGAUGGUGAAGUCAUAUUGUGUGUUGUCUCUUUCCUACAAGUCAACCAGUUGCACUACAUAAUCUCUGGAAAUUAAUCUUCUCCUUAGGAGAAAAUACAGUUAGGCUUCUGUGAUAUUGCAUUAGGAAGAUUUCAUGAAAGAGUAAACAAGAUUGCUAUGGUUUAAUUCUAUUUGUUUUUUAAAGAUUUUUUUAAUUUAAAAAUUGUUAGCCAAUAUGCAAUCACUGAAAACUAUGCAAGAAAAUUCCAACCGUCCUGACCUAUAGCCUGCAGGAAACUGAUGAAAAAGUCAUGUUUUUUGGGAUCUAACUGUCAUUGGUGGAAGAUGAAGUUUGUAAACUAAGGGGCUUUGCUUUUCAAACCACAGAAAGGAAAGCCAGAAGGAAAAUAGUAACGGUGUUUCUAGACUGUGAAGAUUCAGUUCAAAUGUUAUUCUUGUUCCUGUUACAAUAUUUAGCAUUAUUAGUUUGUUAUGUAUGUAUGUAUAUGUUAAUUUUAAUUUCUGAUUAUAAGACAAUGCUGCUUUGGUUAAUCUCUCCUAAGUGAAUUUA